CGCUCCCCCGGCGCGGUGCCCGGUGCCGGCAGGUGCCGCUGUGCGUCCGGCGCUGGAGCGGGGCGGUGCCAGGGGGGCCGGCCCCGGGCCGGCAGCGGGCGGGUACCGGGAGCGGGCGGUGCGUCCGUCCCUCCCGCCGCGGCUGCCAGCGCCGCCGGCACCAUGGGCUGCUGCUGCCGCUUCCUCCUCGCCCUCCUCCUCCUCCCUUCAGGGCUGGGUGAUGACUCCACACCAUCACCCCUCACCCUUACCAGCCCUCCCUUCCUCUCAGAGGGGAUCCCAGUGGCACCGGGCUCCAGGGAUGCAGCUCUCCCCACAUCAGCUCCUAGCCAGCCCAUGUCCAUGGAACCCACUGAAGAAAGGCCUUCAUCCUCAUCCACCCCUUCAGCAGCACUGUCCCCUGCUCCUGCCUCCGUCACUGUGCCUGUCGCCACCACCAUAGCAGACAAGUCAGCUGUAGUCUCCAACCCUAUCUCCAUGCCAACGACCUUGGAGACAACCCCAAGUCUUCGGACAGCAAACACUACGGACAUGGCAAGAGGCACGAUGGAUCUGGGGGCAGCUCCCAACACCACGGGUAUAGCUGCCUCCUCUUCCUCCCUCCCCACCAGCAACCCUGCGACAGGCUUGUCCCCAACACCUGUCCUCAUGAGCCCCACCACAACCCAGCCACCUGUGCUGACCAAGGAUGUCCCUUCCCCAGGGACACUGCCCAUGGUGUCAAGCCUGGCCGUGGAGCAAACAUCACCCCCAGUGACUCUGACAAGCCCCAUGGCAGCAGAGGAAUCCAUGGCCACCGGUAAAACCACCCUCUCCACUGGAAUCACUAUGGAAGAGGUGCCGCGUGCCUUGAGCGCAGGGAGCAUCGUGGCCAUAACCGUGACAGUCAUCGUGGUGGUGGUGGUGGUUUUUGGGGCAGCAGCAUACCUCAAGAUCAGGCACUCCUCCUAUGGCAGGCUUCUGGAUGACCACGACUACGGCUCCUGGGGCAACUACAACAACCCUCUCUAUGAUGACUCCUAGCAGGAUGAGGAGAAAGAAUAAAUCCUUAAUUUAUAAAUGCUUCCUCAGCAGAGCAGCCACUGUCAAAGAGAUGCCACUGCCAUGGGCUGGAUUAUGGUGGGUCUGACAGGUGACAGGCAAUGGAGAGCGAGCAUGUGGUGCCCACAAUAAACCUGAAUUUUGGCCUUUGC